AUGUGCUUCCUUAUCCGUAUUACUGGGCCCAAGGAGACUAAUGAAGCUCAGCCCUCCUCACCGGGCUCUGUAGCUCUGAAGGAGAUGAAAAUGGAGGAGUUAAUUCACCAGAUAUUCGUGGAGGAAAAUGUAACACACGAUACCUGGCAGAUCAGUAGAAACGGCAAGUACUUUGUGGUUGAAUUUCCGGUAAUUAGCAGAGCCUUCGCAGAAAAGAUUCUAGACCGUCUGUCCUACUAUAAUGUGGGCAAAACAGAAGACUCCAGCAUAAUGGUCAUCGAUCCCGCUGCUCUUGUCUGCAAACGUUCCAAGGUCAAGGGAGCUCACGACAUUCCUGUGAAGCAUUUUCAAAAAUUCGUCAAUUCUCUCAAAUCCCGUCUCACUGUUGCUCAAGUUUACCACGCGAUCAGCAAUCAAGGUAACUUCAACUUCAACUACCUCUGCUUCCUAAUCUGUGCUGCCAUUGUGUCUGACAUCGCGUUGGUCACUGACUCUGCUGCCUGUGUCUUCGCCAGUAUGCUCCUCUCUCCCCUCAUGGAGCCCAUAAUGUGUAUCAUUUUUGGUCUAAGUCUUCGCGAGCGACGAAUGACUAUGAAGGGAUUCAGAAACACCUCUGUCUCCCUUGUCAUUUGCAUCAUCGUGGGUAAGUUUGUGUUCAACGAAAGGACGUCGCAUAGAUCGAGUCAAGUUCGUGGCUUGGAUUUUCUUUCAGGCAUUGCUUUUGGUAUUCCCGCGCACUUUAUCAGCAUGUUCCAAGGCAUUUCACCAUAUCCGACUAGCGAGAUGUCUAGCAGAGGUGAAGCAAAGGCUCUCAUUGCCUCGAUCAUUGUGGCCUCGGCCUCGGGAGUGAGCGUAUCCUUUGCUAUCCUUUCCAACAGUCUUGCUGCGAUGAUUGGAAACGCCAUCUCUCUCUCCCUUCUUCCGCCCUCUGUCAAUUGCGGCCAGUUUUUUCUUCUCGCUGUGAUUGCUCUCUUAGAUCGUCCCUAUGUUAUGAAAAAGACGGAGACCCUGCGGGAGAACAGCACAAUCUCGGUGACCGUGGUGCAGUGCCAGUACCGGUGGAUCAAGGAUUACAGCUUCAUUUACAUUACCAACGCCUGUGAUGCGCCCACUGAAUUCGCCAUCCGCGGUGUGGUCUCCUUCUGUCUUACUCUCCUUAAUAUUAUUCUCAUUAUAAUUACUGGCUACUCUGUCAAUCGGCUGAAAGAUCUGGUACCCCAGUCCUUCACGAACGAUGAGACUCGAAGAUUCUAUACUAAGGACUUGAAGGAGGUGCGCGACAACUACGAUUGCGUGCAUCGGCUGAAGGCAGCUGAUUUGGCGGCGCAGGCCUACCAGGAGUACCUUCGCCUUUCCCUUCAUCCCCCCGAGGGCGACUAUACAGCGGAGGACACGGAACAACUCACGGCCAACUUUCAGGCCGUUAUGGAGGGAAUCGGUCACGAUCCGCACAUACAGACCAUCGGUUCAUGGACGCACUCAGGACAUAGCGAUUUUCUUGCCGAGUUCACUAGGGCAACGGAGGCGCUGUCUCAGGGCAGUGACAACCUAAGUGGGCCUGGAAAUGGGACCAGCGGGCGAGCCUUCGCGCGCAAUUCUAUCUCUUCUAACCCGACAGCAGGCAGAUCUGAAGCUCUCGGUUCGUAUCUACCUCGGCGCCUUAGGCAGAUCGGAACCACUGAAAAUGGAGACCACGAAGAGGCCUUAGAACAACCACGUCCUCAAUCGCUUACACCGCCUGCAAGCACAGACCCUGAGGGGGCUGCAUCACCUCAACCUCAUCCGCCUCCUCCUCCCAUGCGCUUUACGUACCAACAGAAUCAACGUCAAGUACGCACUGGGUUCUGGCAGAACUUGUUAAAUCGACGUUUCUCGUCGCCACACCCACCACCGCCUAUGCCAGUGCCGGAGGUGGAAUCGGAGAUGGAGCGAGGUACGUCGCAGUGGCCGCCUCGGCGGACCCCUGAGGAUGCGAUCGCGGGUGAGGUUUCAAUGCGUGAACCCUCAGCCAGCGUUUUUGGCCUCAAGCCUGUUCUCUCUCGCGUGUCCUCCAUUGAAUCUGAUGCUAGCGAGCUACUUGGAGAGGCGCCCCCAUCCAAUAGUGGCGGCAAUGCUGCAACAUCGCAUCGGCAUUUGCAGCAAAAACAACAUCAGCAGAUUUCACGAAGUGCCUACGAUGUCUCCUCGAUGCUACCUCGGAAUCGAAGCCUGGCAUCCGUCUCCACCAUCGGAGGAAAAUUCGAAGUGACACCGACAAUCAGAAAGCCCCAGUCCACCAGAAACCUGGGCUCAUACCUUGAAAAGGGUUUUUGA